AUGGGCGAGGACGCUGAGAGCCCCAAGAUCAACCACACCUUCCUACGAGACUAUGUCACUGAAGCUGAUGUUAUCUCCACGGUGGAGUUCAACCAGACAGGGGACCUACUGGCCACGGGGGAUAAAGGAGGCCGGGUGGUCAUCUUUCAGAGAGAAACUGAGUCUAAAGGCGAGUCUGAGGAGGUGGUGGAGAGCGGAGACUCAGGGGAGUAUAAUGUAUACAGCACCUUCCAGAGCCACGAGCCAGACUUUGACUACCUGAAAAGUCUGGAGAUUGAAGAGAAAAUCAACAAGAUAAAAUGGCUGUCACAACAGAAUGCUGCACAUUUUCUCCUCUCCACAAAUGAUAAGACCAUCAAACUAUGGAAGGUGAGUGAAAGAGACAAGAGACCUGAGGGAUACAACUUGAAAGAUGAGGAGGGCCGCCUGAAGGACAUCUCCACUAUCACAUCCCUGCAGGUGCCAGUACUGAAACCCACAGACCUAAUGGUCGAUGUUCGCCCUAGACGUGUGUUCGCCAAUGGUCACACUUACCAUGUCAACUCCAUCUCAGUCAAUAGUGACGGAGAAACCUACCUGUCAGCUGAUGACCUGCGUAUCAAUAUGUGGCAUCUGGGUAUCACUGAUCGCAGUUUCAACAUUGUGGACAUAAAGCCAGCUAACAUGGAGGAUCUUACAGAGGUGAUCACAGCAGCAGAGUUCCACCCUCAACACUGCCACCUGUUUGUGUACAGCAGCAGCAAGGGCACCCUGCGCCUCUGUGACAUGAGAUCAUCUGCACUUUGUGAUAAACACACAAAAUUGUUCGAAGAACCUGAGGAUCCAGGCAGCCGCUCCUUCUUCUCCGAAAUAAUUUCCUCUGUGUCAGAUGUCAAGUUCAGUCACAGUGGACGCUACCUACUGACCAGAGACUACCUUACCGCCAAGGUGUGGGACUUGAACAUGGAUAAAGGCCCUGUGGAGACAUAUCAGGUCCACGAAUACCUAAGGAGUAAGCUGUGCUCACUCUAUGAGAACGACUGCAUCUUUGACAAGUUUGAGUGUGUCUGGAACAGUUCAGACAGUGUAAUCAUGACCGGGGCAUACAACAGCUUCUUCCAGAUGUUUGACAGAGAGACAGGACGGGGCGUGACCCUUGAGGCAUGGCGGGAGAGCAGCAAGCCGCGGGCUGUGUUACGUACCCGCCGGGUUUACACCGGAGGAAAACGUCGCCGUGGAGAUGUAGACGUUGAUAGCUUGGACUUCAGUAAAAAGAUCCUGCAUAUGGCUUGGCAUCCAUCAGAGAAUAUUAUCGCUAUAGCAGCUACCAACAACUUGUACAUUUUCCAGGAUCGCGUCAGUCCGGAGACACAGUGA